AUGUAUUUUCUCUUAGUACUUCCUGCUCCAGACCAGCUGACUGUUGACUCAGUGGACACCACAUCAGCUGCUGUUAGCUGGAACCAGCCACCAGGAUUGGACCAAACCCAACAUCAGUACCAGAUCUCCUACCACUGUCCAGGGACAGAACCACACAUCACCACCACGUCUUCACCCAGCAUCACUCUCUCUGACCUGAAACCUGCUACUGAAUACUCUGUCACUGUCUGCACUGUGCUGGAAAAUGGAAAGCAAAGUGAACUGGUGUCAACAACCUUCACCACAAUACUUCCUGCUCCAGACCAGCUGACUGUUGACUCAGUGGACACCACAUCAGCUGCUGUUAGCUGGAACCAGCCACCAGGAUUGAACCAAACCCAACAUCAUUACCAGAUCUCCUACACCUGUCCAGGGACAGAACCACACAUCACUACCACAUCUUCACACAGCAUCACUCUCUCUGACCUGCAACCUGCUACUCAGUACUCUGUCACUGUCUGCACUGUGCUGGAAAAUGGAAAGCAAAGUCAACUGGUGUCCACAACCUUCACCACAGAACAUGUUCAGUGGUGGAAGAGACCCUCCACAGUUGCUGCAGUGUUUGUUCUACUGGCUGUGAUCAUUGGCCUGUGGGAUUCCUAUGCAACUUCAGAGAGAGACCAGCUACAGAAUAGUCUAAAUACCAGGACCACAGAAAGAGACCAGCUACAGACCAGUUACAACACCCCGACUAAAGAGAGAGACCAGCUACAGAAUCGUCUAAAUACAAGGACCACAGAAAGAGACCAGCUACAGACCAGUUACAACACCCUGACUAAAGAGAGAGACCACCUACAGAGUAGUCUAAAUACCAGAACCACUGAAAUAGACAAGUUGAAGAAGAGUCUGAACACUACAACUAUGGAGCGUGACCAGCUACAGAAGGAGAUAGAAAGACUGAACUGGGAGAACAAAGGGUCCUGUCCUGAAGGAUGGAGAAGGUUUGGCUGCAGCUGUUACUUCCUCUCUACUGAGAGGAAAUCCUGGGAGGAGAGUAGACAGGACUGUCUGGAGAGAGGAGCAGAUCUGGUGAUCAUUAACAGUGAAGAGGAACAGACAUUCAUCAAUGGGUUUAAAUCAGUCAGUUAUGUCUGGAUUGGUCUGACUGACUCUGUUACUGAGGGGACCUGGAAAUGGGUGGACGGCACCCCACUGACCACCCCAAGGUAUUGGUGGAGUGGAGAGCCUGGUGGUGGUACGUACCAGAACUGUGGGGAAAUCUAUUACAUAUCGUCAGGCCAAGGAGUAUGGAGGGAUUUGGGAUGUUCGUUUUCACAAGAAUGGAUCUGUGAGAAAUAGGCUUCUCAUAGGUACUUUUAAUGAACUCUCUACUGUAUGUUAAUGAUGCUCUGUAGACUGGUGUGAUUUGAUAGAAUGGUACUCUGAACUUCAGGUAGGAGAGAAACAAAUGUUCACAUUCAGACAGACACACACACACAAGAAGACACUGAUCUGAACCUGAGUCUCCCACAGGAGAAACCAACUUCUUCAUUAGAUAAGGAGGUAAUCCUCUUGGGCCGAGAGCUGACACUGAUUUUUGAAGUCGCAGGUUGGGCUGCCGCAUCACGUGACCAGGAGCAACAUGACUGACUACUGUCUGCUGCACAAGCUGACACACAAUCAUGUAUUCAUACUGUAUGUCAAAAAGUGUGAAUAAAUAGGGGCAUAACAUCUGUAAUCUAGAAGGACAAGACAUCUCCCUGCCUCUUUAGGACAGUGAAUUUUACAGUGUACAUUUUAAAGGUCUACUCCUAAACUUGAAGAAAGAAAAACUGGUGUCAAUAAGACAUUGUGCCUUUUAAGACAGAGUGAAUGUUACUAUUUACAUUUGAACUCAUAUCUUGUUCACUUCCUGUUUGUGGUGACAACACCAGAAUGAAGGGUUGGAUCAUAACCAUCAGUUAUCAAAACAGUGUCUAAGGUUUUGCAACAAACAGGUCACGACCCCUGGUGACCUUUAAUACAGGUAGUGAUUAGAUUCAACUGUUUUGAAAAGCAGAUAUUAUUUAGCAAGUGAAUGUAGUUGUUUAAUGGUUGUAUUAUAUUUCAGAGGGAGAGAUAGAAUCCCAAAUGAUACCCUAUCCCCUUUGUAUUGCAUUCCUUUUGGUGAGUAGUGCACUAUAAAGGGAAUGGGGUGUCAUUUGGGAUUCUCUCACAGCCAGAGAGUUAGGCCGAAUACAGGGAGAGACAGUUUACGCACGACUCACCAUGGCCCAAUGGAGGCCCGUUGAGGCUCUUCAGUUGGCCAUCCCAAGAUCUCAACAAAAUCACAACAAGGAAAACAAAAAGACUAUCCAAACCAACCUGGUUGGGAGGCUACUUUCAUAUAGCUUCUCUGAUCAGUAAUUACCUGUCAAUCAUCCAUGCCUGAGAGCAACAGGGUUGGGAGGCUACUUUCAUAUAGCUUCUCUGAUCAGUAAUUACCUGUCAAUCAUCCAUGCCUGAGAGCAACAGGGUUGGGAGGCUACUUUCAUAUAGCUUCUCUGAUCUGUAAUUACCUGUCAAUCAUCCAUGCCUGAGAGCAACAGGGUUGGGAGGCUACUUUCAUAUAGCUUCUCUGAUCAGUAAUUACCUGUCAAUCAUCCAUGCCUGAGAGCAACAGGGUUGGGAUCAAUUCCAUUUAAAAAAGGAAACGCCACAUGUACGUUUAAACAUUUCUUAGAAAAGAUUACAAUGCAUAGUCUUGGAGGUUGGCAGUGAGCUACCCUGAAGGAGCAGAUCCUGAGUGAAGUGUCAUAUUAAGUUAAUAAUAUAGAACUGUUCUGUAGAAUAGACCACAUGUAAGUACAGUGUGAAUCCAAUUGGCACAAUAUCUGCUGAUGCGAUCAAAUGAUGUCACCACACUCAGGUUUCUUUCAUGAACUGGCUUCGCUUCAUAUCCAUUCAGUCAAUUCAAGAAAUAAACAGAAAUUCCUAUUUAACAUUGUUUCUCAUAGACAACUCCAACUUCCAAUUUCAACAUUCUCAUUACAUAGACAAGCUUUGAGGAAAAUGUAUUUCAGUUUAUUCACUGUAUUGAAAUGGAAUUGACCCUAAACCUGGUGCGAAAUCACUUUCUUAAAGGCCCAGUCCAACAAGAACUUGGCCCUGGCUACUGCUGCCCCCUAGUGGUAGGAUGUGAGACGUGGAAAUAGACUUGAUUUGUCCCAAUCUCUCUUCCCACGACAAGUUUAAAAGCAUUGGAUUGGUUUAGGCAUAGGCCAUGGAACAAGUUUCCAUACCUGGCAUUUUCUUUCCAAUUUGACAUUUUAUUUCACCUUUAUUUAACCAGGUAGGCCAGUUGAGAACAAGUUCAAAUUUACAACUGCGACCUGGCCAAGAUAAAGCAAAGCAGUGCGACACAAACAACAACACAGAGUUACACAUGGAGUAAAACAAACAUACAGUCAAUAACACAAUAGAAAAGUCUAUAUGCAGUGUGCGCAAAUUAGGUUUCCAAGAAGGGAAGUGAACACGUGCACACUACAGGAGAAGGGAGAUAUUGGCCCGCAACUUGUCGCAUAAUCCACAUAUCUACCUCCAUUCCUAACAUUAUUACACUGCGUCUCAUACUAAAUGUUGAUUUUUUAUGACAAUUACAAAAUGCAGAAAAAUGGUUUGAAAGCAUUUCUGUUGUGAAAUGUUAACUAAAAAAGUAGACUCAGCAAUAUGACGUAGAUGCAGAAAGUAAACCGCAUAGUGGGUCAAUUUCAACAACAACUAAGAGCGUUCUUCUCUGCUGUUUUGGUGCCCUGGAUACCACACUUUAAACAGCGUGAUGCGAACCUGUGCACAUGCGCAGAUACUGUGUGUGACUGCGAAGUGUUGCAUCUCGUUAAUCUCAAUAUCUCCGGUGCGGCCCGUGGCAUCGUCAUUUCACGGAGUCUACCUGGAUGUGUUAUAUUUUCCUUGUGUCAAAAUGACAGGUAUAUUUAUCCAUGGCUUGAGCAGGGAGGUCUGGAUUGGACUUCAGCCAUACAGAGGGAGUUUGGGAGUGGGUUGAUCGGACCAGUGGUGUAAAAAGUACCCUAUUUUCAUACUUGAGUAAAAGUAAAGAUACCUUAAUAGAAAAUGACUCAAAUAAAAGUA